AUGUCUAGCACCGAGCCUACCGAGCACAAGGUCGACGAGACCCAGCCUGUCGUCGGCGAGGUCCAGCCCGAGGUGACACCCGCGACUGAGGAGGCUGCUGCUGCUGCCCCUGUCGACGAGACCGCUCCCGCUGCUAUCGAGGAGGCUGCUGUCCCCGCCGCCGAGGAGGCUGCUGCCCCCGCCGCCGGAGAAGAUGCCGCUGCCGCCCCCGCUGCUGCUGAGGAGGACUCCAAGCCUGUGACGUCCUCUGCCGUCUUCUCCAUGUUCGGCGGUGGCGAGAAGAAGGAGAAGAAGGAUGACGAGGACCGCGGCGACAACUCUGGCAGCGCCAAGGCUCAGCGCGACGCUGCCCAGGAGGAGGAGGUCGCCCCCGAUUCCGAAGACGUCCACUUCGAGCCCGUCAUCAAGCUGACGGAGAAGGUCGAGACCCUGACCAACGAGGAGUCGGAGGAGCAGCUCUUCAAGAUGCGCGCCAAGCUCUUCAAGUUCGUCAAGGAGAGCAGCGAGUGGAAGGAGCGCGGCACCGGUGACGUUCGCCUGCUCAAGCACAGGGAGAAUGGAAAGACGCGGCUGGUGAUGCGUCGCGACAAGACCCUCAAGGUCUGCGCCAACCACUACGUCGUCCCCGAGAUGAAGCUCUCCCCCAACGUCGGCUCUGACCGCAGCUGGGUGUGGAACGCCGCGGCCGAUGUCAGCGAGGGUGAGCCCGAGGCCGUCACUCUGGCUAUCCGCUUUGCCAACUCUGACAACGCCAACCUCUUCAGGGAUGCCUUCGUCCAGGCCCAGAAGGACAAUGAGGAGAUCUUCAACAGGGCCGAGGGCGAGUCUGCUUAG